AAAAAAAUGUUCUAAUAUUACGUCUACAAUCAGUGAAAAAAGGUGCUUUUCGAAGAAGAAGAAACAAAUAACAACCACAAGAGAGAACACAAUGACACCAUCUUUUUCAYCAAGUACGAAAGAAACAACAGCUACUGCUACAACACCAACUCAUGUAACAACAGUUCAAAGAAGUUCUUCAUAUUCCAGUCCACCAACCGAAAAAUUUUCAUCAAACGAAAAUGAACAACGUACGGAAGCUUUUGUCCAUACCACAAAACCGGAAGCUGUAGUAUAUAAUUCCCUCAGUACUGAGAAUGGAGAGACAAAGGAUUUUGUUAAGCCCACUCUAAAAAAAGGGGAUGCAAAUAGUCCUAAKWCCAGAAGCACUGRWUCARRCCCAUUUCCUUUGGWAAUUGUGACUGUUGCUCUUGGAGCUGUGUUAGCUGUGUCUGUUUGUAUGCUAUUCCUUGUGUGUUAYUGGAAAAGGCGGAAGAACAGAGGAGACAAUAAUGAGAAACCGAAAUCAGAGACUACAAGUCUGCCACGUGAUGCAAUAGAACAGUCGUCCAACAA